AAGCCUGGGGCGAUGGAGACACAGAGACACCAGCAGAAGUUUCUCACCUUGGAAUGUGAGGGACGCUCCGGCAUCACCAGCUCAUAUCCACCUCUGCGCGAGAGGACCUUAGGCUACUUUCUCCACCCCAUCCUGCUGGGGACUGGGGGACUGCUAGUAGUCUCUGUCCUUGCUGCCCUUUUUAAUGUUACCUUCCAGGAGGAGAAAGGGAGCAAGGAACAACUGGGUGCUAAGCAACUGACCUCAGGCCCUGCGGGCCUCUGGAGAGAGGGGAAAGGAGAGGAGUGGCCGGGGCUGGGGGACUCCAUGCAUGGGCCAUGGACAGAGCGGCGCUCCUGGCCCUGCCCAGCUUGUGUGCGCUGUGGGCAGCCGUGCUCUCGCUCUUCCCCUGCGGAACCCAGGGCAACUGGAUGUGGUUGGGCAUUGCCUCCUUUGGGGUACCGGAGAAGCUGGGCUGCGCUGGCUUGCCUCUGAACAGCCGCCAGAAGGAGCUCUGCAAGAGGAAACCGUACCUGAUGCCUAGCAUCCGCGAGGGCGCCCGGCUGGGCAUUCAGGAGUGCAGGAGCCAGUUCCGACACGAGAGGUGGAACUGCGUGGUCGCCACCCCCACCGCCACCGCCACCGCCUCCUCGCUCGCCACCAGUCCCCUCUUUGGCUAUGAGCUAAGUAGCGGCACCAAGGAGACAGCUUUCAUUUAUGCUGUCAUGGCCGCAGGACUGGUGCACUCUGUAACCAGGUCAUGCAGCGCCGGAAACAUGACAGAAUGUUCCUGUGACACCACCUUGCAAAAUGGUGGCUCGCCAAGUGAAGGCUGGCACUGGGGGGGAUGCUCUGACGAUGUCCAGUACGGCAUGUGGUUCAGCAGAAAGUUUCUAGAUUUCCCCAUCAGCAACACGACAGGAAAAGAGAGCAAAGUACUGCUGGCCAUGAAUCUGCACAACAACGAAGCGGGAAGGCAGGCUGUCGCCAAGUUGAUGUCUGUGGACUGCCGCUGCCAUGGAGUUUCCGGCUCCUGUGCUGUGAAAACCUGCUGGAAAACUAUGUCUUCUUUUGAAAAGAUUGGGCAUUUUUUAAAGGAUAAAUAUGAGAACAGCAUCCAGAUUUCAGACAAAACCAAGAGGAAAAUGCGCAGGAGAGAAAAAGAUCAGAGGCAGACACCCAUUCACAAGGACGACCUGCUGUACGUUCAUAAGUCUCCCAACUACUGUGUGGAGAACAAGAAACUGGGUAUUCCUGGGACCCAGGGCAGGGAGUGCAACCGUACAUCCGGAGGCGCUGACGGCUGCAACCUCCUCUGCUGUGGCCGAGGCUACAACACCCACGUGGUCAGGCACGUGGAGAGGUGUGAGUGUAAGUUUAUCUGGUGCUGCUACGUCCGCUGCAGGAGGUGUGAAAGCAUGACUGACGUACACACUUGUAAGUAACCUCUCCAUCCAGCCUAGCAUGAGACUCCGCAGAAGCAACCAACGGUUGCAAUCUGCAGGGCGCCCCCUACUGUGCAAGGCUGGAGAAGUCCCUGUCUGCAAUGCAAUUGCCGAUCCCUGGGCCAAUCUGCGGUUUCUUCUUUCUGAGAAACAUCCAAUCACAAGAUGAUCGUGAGGACUGCUUGGGAUUCCAACGUUGAAAAGGUUGGCAGUCACCGUUGGAUGGUUUGGGGAAUAGACAUUGACAUAUAGGGAACAUCAAUCUGUCCCCUAAGCAAUAGAAAGAGAGAGAGAGAAGGAGGGAGGGAGAGAGAAGAAAGGAAAGGAAAAGAAAAGAAAAAAAGAGAAAGGAAGAAAGAAAGCAAAAACCCUUAUCCCAGAGACCUGGUCCAGGCUUAGGAUAAGAGCCUAGACCAGGGACACAGAUAGAGAAAUCAGUCAUGGUGCUUGCACAGCGAUCAUUUUUUUUUUUUAAAGACAUCUCUUAAAGGAGCAAGGAGCAGUAUACAUGAUUUGCAUUUUUCCUCAGUGUUUUAAUAGAAUUAAUUAUACCAAGUGUUUGUGCAUAGACAGAAGAGGCUGGAAAUGAACUAUGGGGCAGGGGCUUGCUUUAUAUAACUUUCCCAGACAGCAAAAGAAGAGCCAUUGGAAAGAAUCCUCACUAAGAGAUACAAUGUCCCUUUAAAGUAUUUUUAAAGAUGUUAAGUAAUGAAAAAAAUCAAAAUGUAAGAAGUGAAGCAUGAAUUGGAUUUUUAAGUGCCUUUUAACCAAGAGGAUUCGUCUAAGGAGUGAAAGAAAAAAACCUCUGUAAAGUUUAUCUCACUUUUAAUCUUUAGAUUAAAUUAUCCUUUUGUUGUAGACUGGUUUCUACCAUUAAAAAUUCAGCUGUGAAAUACUGGGAGAUGAGAUUCUUAAAAAGACAUGAGAAAAAUGGGAGUAAAGAGAUAAAGCCCCUUAAUUAUGUAAAGACAGUAUUUUGUAUAGUAUUUUUGCUUUAAAAGUUUUAUAAUUUGUAAAUAUAGUAUUUAACUUAUGUGACAUAUGCUAAGAGUUAAAGACAUUUAUUGGUAAAGUCUUAGAGUGCUAGAAUAAUACGGUUAUGUCAAGAAAUAAGAAUAGCCUUCUUUUUCAUACCACUAAUUCUUUCUUACAACAUUGGAAAGGAAGAUAAUUGAGGCAGUUGCCUGGAUGUGUAUUUCUUGCCAAAAUGACAGCUUUCUUUCUUCUUUUAAGAAAAACAAAACUUUUUUUCCCUUGGUUUUUCAAGACAGGGUUUCUCUGUGUAUCCCUGAUUGUUUUGAAAAUGACAGUUUUCUAUGCUAUAGAUUAAAGUAUGUUAUAAAAUAUUAAA